CUAUCACCUCGACCCUCACGCCAUGCCGCCCCCCCUAGCCAGAAGACAAUCCUCCGUCUCAUCAUUUAGCCCCGUAUCAUUGGGACUCGGUGUCCCCUCGCAUCACAACGGGCUUUCUGUUCUCGAGACUAGAAAUAUAGCCCUUUUUUGACCUACACCCAUCACAAUAAUGGAAGGAAAAAAUCAGUCAAUCGAGCUCCUCCGGCAACCUCCACAUUCGCCUUCGCCUCCGUAUUUAGCGACCUGGGGAAACGAUGUCGUGCAAGACCCAGAGGAGAGGAAUGGUUAUAAUGGGCGCAUCGCGCACGCCAUUGCCUAUGAUUGUCUGAAGAUACAAACCAAGGCGGCAUCGCAUACGACAUGGAUGUUUUUACAAGACCCCGUUUGGCCGUUUCUCAAAAGCAGGAUGAUGAAGAAGCAAGCCUUCGCGCUGCUGUUGUUAUUUCUUGGUGGUAUUAUUCCAUUCAUUGUGUUGGGCAAGAGCACGUCAUAUGACCGUUACCACGGCACAGUGGGUGUUUAUGGCGGGAUAUUUACGUCAAAACUUAUUUCAUGUGGAGAUGCCUUCGGAGACCCUCAGAACGCCACAGUGAGUGGUAUUGAAGCUUUGUUCGUUCUAGACUACACCUUUGGUUCGUUUUUAUUCUCACAAGCAAAGACUAUCGAUGUCGCCUGGGAUGUAUGUGUCGGCCGAGGCGCACAAUUCAUCGCGUGGUAUGUAGCAUACGUCGUCUUCUCGGACGCCCUCCUUCGAGUCAUCGAACGGCACCCCGCUUCAUACCACACAUUUACACGCAUCUGCCUCGAAGGCCCGUCGCUGACUUUGAUGUGGGUGCUACUCAAAAAUAUCUUCCAGGCCCAGAGUAAGCGUACUUGGACAUUGUUCUUCUACAUGCUACUAUCGACCGGCUGGAUUCUGAGCAUGCCGACCUGGCUAAGCGCGAUGACUGGUUACGACAGCACGACCAUAAGCUGGGUGGAUCUCGACAAUUCUAACAAUAUCGCACCUGCAUCCUCAUUUGAAUAUCAAAAUAUCGUAUACGGCACUUGGAACCACACAUUUGACAAGAGUGCCUGUUCUUCAGAUAAACAGCUCGCAUAUUACACCAGCUACUCAUACACAGCAGACCAGAAUACAUUCUGUUCUUGCCAACUACCGAACGGCACACUCACUACUAUUUCGGCCUGGACGAGGGAAUGGCAUAACUCUCGAUCACGCAACGGUACUCGGCUUUACGAUUGCAUCUUUACGUUCCCGGGAAACAAUCAGACCUAUAAAGACUUCUCAGGUAAUAGUCACAACUGCAAUGGUACCGCCAAAAUCACUUUGUUCAACCAGACCUAUGACGUCCAAGAUCUAAAUUCCACUUUUGGUUAUUGCUACAAUGGCAAGGGCUACAGUUCUUCCGAAAUUCUGAGUAAAUCACGCUGCCUUCCUGAUACUGCAAACCCAUCAUAUAAGUGGGGCUUCUCAACCAUGCUCUCCGGUCUAUUUGUUAUAAUCCAAUUCGUAUGGAGUCUUACCAUGUAUGCCGUGUGGCAGGAUGCACAAUUCGGGAGUAAGUUGAUAAAGGCCGGAUUUCAGAUGACAGAGUUGAUAGCUGCAUUUACACUCACGCUCGUUGCGAGGCAAAAGACAGGGCUGUCAUCAAAGGAGUUGCUUCUUGCCGAGACAAAGAAACUAAAGCGGGAACUCUAUGGCGGCAAGAACGAUAUAGAAGCAAAGAUUGAGUACAAUAUUUUUAUGGAGAACAGCAAACAAUACCCAGAAUGUGAGAGCGAAGACGAGGAAGAGGUUGUGCUAAGGAGGAGGAACGUCAGGUCAGAGGAGUUUGCGUGAGCAAUCUCUACGGUGUUUGCUACACUCCCAUAGAUGUUUUGGAAGCCUGGUGGUGGUGCAGCGGAAGAGCGUUGUAUUGAUGUGGAGCCUCUGGGGCAGCCACGUUAUGUGGAGUAUAUGCACCAGUAGAUAGUGGCAUGGUCUGGUUACACUUUAUAAUCUAAAAACGCAUAAUGUACUCCACAAGCAAGUUGCUUAC